ACAUUGAUCAACUACUCCAACUCUACCAUUUUUAACAUGAUCGAGCAUCCUUUUUCUCAUCCAUCAAGAAAAUGAUAAGCUUUUACUACAAAGUGAAUUCUGUGUCGUGCAGGUUGUGCUACCAAACCUAGAGGAGCUGCAAUUACGUUGGAUGAAUAUUAACAUCAAAUGGCACACUUCGAUAACAUAUUUAUGUGUGGAGAAACUGAAGAAAUUGAUCAUUCAAGGCUGUGACAAUUUGGAGUACUUAUUCUCAUCUUCUAUAGCUAGAGGUCUAGUGAUGCUAGGUCGAGUUGAAAUAAGGGAAUGCAAGAGGAUGAGAGAGAUUAUUGUCACAGAUAAUGCAAAAGAAAAAGAGAAUUUAAUUUUUCCUCAAUUGAACUUCCUAUUGUUAAAAGACCUUCAAAACAUUGUUGGAUUCUACUCAGGGAAUUGUAUUGUUGAAUUCCCAUCCUUAAAUCAAUUGGAACUAUUGAACUGCCCAGAGUUGGAAGGAUUCAUUGUUAAAUAUUUUGCAAGCACAAAUGUCAUUGCUGACAAACAACCAUUCUUCAAUGAACAGGUUGCUUUUCCCAACUUGGAAAGUCUGACUCUCACCCACUUGAAAAACUUGGAUAUCAUAUGGCACAACCAAUUCCAUGCAGAUUCCUUUGGCAAACUAAAAUCAUUAACGGUUAGAAAUUGUGAGAAGUUAUCCACUGUUUUUUCAUCUGUUGAUAUGCUGGGAAGAAUAUGGAAAUCCCUAGAGAAGUUAAUUUUAUCUGAUUGUGGCUCGCUAGAAGUGGUAUUUGGAAUUGCUGAGUUCAAUGUCAAACAAACACAUGCUAUAAUAGACACCAAGUUGAGAGAAUUGAAUGUUUAUGGUCUACCAAGAUUGAAGUAUGUGUGGAAUAAGGAUCCCCAAGGGAUACUCACUUUCCACAGCUUGGAAUUAGUAGUUAUAGUAAAGUGUAACAGACUCAAAUUUUUGUUUCCAACUUCAAUAGGCAAAAGCCUUUCGCAACUUCAAAAGCUACAUUUAUGGUUGUGUGGGGUGGAGGAAAUUGUUACAAUGGGAGAACAGGGAAUUGAAGCAAUUGUUAACUUUGAAUUUCCUCGAGUAUCAAGUCUUGAGCUUGAGUUGCUACCAAGACUCCAAUGUUUUUAUCCAGGGCAGCACACGACCGCGUGGCCAAUAUUACAAAAGUUCUACUUUUCCCAUUUCAAUCAAGUAAAGAGAACAGAUGGCAGUUGGCAACUUGAUUUUCCUGUACGACUACCACUUUUCUCCAUAGAGAAGGUCAUCCCUCAUUUGGAGAAAUUGUCAUUAACAAGACAUGAUAUUGCAGCGAUCCAUGAACAUCAAUUUAAAGAAGAUCUCUCUUUCAAUAUCAAAGUUCUUAAAAUUCAUGACUAUCUUGAUAAUGAAUCAGAUGUUUUACCCAUCAAAUUCCUACAAAGAUUCUGCCAUCUAGAAGAGCUUGUCGUGGAGUUUUGUAAUUUUAAAGAGCUGUUCCCUUCAAAAGGAGAAGUUGAAGAACAAGAGAUACACAUUGAAAUUGAGACACUCUCAAGGAUUAAAACAUUAGAUCUAAAGAUCCUUCCAUAUCUCAAGCAUAUAUGGAGCCAUGACUCAUCAAUUGUUCUUCCAAAUCUUGGAACUCUUCGACUUUUCAGAUGCGAGAGUUUGAUUAGCUUGUCAACAUCACCUGCCUUUUUCCAAAAUCUUGUGACUUUGAAUAUAAGCAGGUGUAAAGCAAUGGUAAACUUGGUUUCCAUCUCAAUAGCUCAAAGUUUGGUGCGGUUAGAAAGACUGACUGUGUCACAGUGCUACAUGCUGGCUGAAAUAGUUGGAAAUGAAGGAAAUGGAACCCAAGAUUUAAACAUGAUCACUUUUACUAAAUUAAGAUUUUUGAAACUUCAAUGCUUGCCAAGAUUAAAAAGCUUUUGUUCAGGGAAUUUCACCUUCAAAUUUCCAUCUUUGAAAAAGUUAAUUGUGAUUCAGUGCCCCAAAUUGAUGAUCUUCAAUGAGGGUGACCUAAACACACCACUACUACAGAGAGUAGAAUUAAUUGAAGGAGAGGACAAGUGGCGUUGGGAAGGUGACCUUAAUACCACCAUACAAAGAAUGUAUGUGGAAGAGGUUGGAUUUGCUGGGUUACAAUUUUUGAUGCUGUCAACUUUUCCCAAGUUAUUGGAAACAUGGCAUAUCAAGAAUCCUCAAGAACUCUUAGAUUUUAGACAACUUUUGGUGCUGGAAAUUUGUAAUUGUAGCAAGUUCAGGUACCUAUUAACGCAUUCAAUGGCCUUGGGCCUUGUGCAACUCUUGCAGUUAAUAGUAAAAAAUUGUGGAACAAUGGAACAAGUGAUAAUGGGAGAAGGAGCAAAAAAUAAAGUGGAAUUCCCACAUCUUUGGUUGAUCAAUCUAAAGUCUUGUUCAGAUUUGACAAGUUUCUAUGUGGGAAGUCAUAGUCUGGAGCUUCCAGGAUUAUAUAAUUUUAUUGUAGAAGACUGCCCAAAAAUGGUCACAUUUGUUGCAUCUACAUCCUCCAAAGAACAUAACAAAGGGGAAUCCCAAUACCUCUUUAGCAGCAAGGUAGAGACUCCUCAUUUGGUGUUUUUGAGUUUGUCUUCAAAUAACAUUCAACGGAUUUUGGACAAUUCAAUUUUAGAAAUCUCUUCUUAUGUCCAAAAUUUAAGAAAAUUGUGUGUUGAGGGUUGUGGUAAUUUGGAAUAUCUAUUGACAUCCUCCAUGGUUAAGAGUUUUGAGCAACUAAAUUGGCUCAAGAUUUGUGAUUGCAAUAUGAUGGAAGAGGUAAUACUUGUAGAAGAAUCAAUGGAUGAGGAAAAGAUGUGCCAGACUUUCUUCCCUAACCUGGAGUUCCUAUUGCUCCAAGACCUUUCAAAACUCACAAGAUUUUGUUCUGGAAAUCACUUGGAAUUACCAUGCCUUUGGAAACUUAAGAUAAGCAAGUGCCCUGUGCUAAAGACUUUCAUCUCUAGCCCUUUUUUUGGAGACAUGAUAGCUAGUUCUGAAAAUGUCAAAAACACUUGUGCACUUUCUCUCUUUGAUGCAAAGGUGGCAUUCCCCAAAUUAGAGCAUUUGGUAAUUGAACAUGCGAAGAGCUUGAAUAAGAUCUGGAAAGACCAGCUUGUAGUAGAUUCUUUUUGUCAACUAACUUUGGUGAGUGUGGUUUCAUGUGAAAAGUUAUUGAAUAUUUUCCCAUUUAGUAUGUUGGAAAGGCUUCAAAGACUAGACAAGCUCCAAAUAUGGAACUGUGAUUCACUUGAAGAGAUACUUGAGUCUAAUGAUCCCGCUGUUAGCCAAUCACAAACUCGAAAGGCCACUCCGCUACCUUUGUUGGAAACCAUCACAUGCUUGGAGGAUGAUGUGAAGGAUGAGAUUGUCUUUAGCAAACUCAAGUAUUUGCAACUUUGUGGUCUGCCUAGACUUUCAAGCUUUUGCUUGGUUAAAUGCAAGUUUGAGUUCCCAUUUUUGGAAGAUGUGAUUUUGAUGGAUUGUCCAAGUAUGCAGACUUUCUCCAUGGAUGAAAUAAGAACGCCAAAACUACAAAAAGUAAAAUUGACUAGAGAUGAAGAUGAAGGCUUUUGGGACGGCAACCUAAACUCGACCAUACAAUUACAAUUCAUGCAAAAGAGUCAAGGUGAUUCUGAAAUUGAGAUCAAAGAAAUUGCGGCUCAUGUCCUUUCCAAGUGAAAUUUGAUGGUCUGAAUGGUGUACGCAUAAAUUGGAUGUGAAGUUGUCACAUUGCUUGUUGGCCAGAAUGUUACCUCACUAACUAAUAUUGAUCCCUUUUUUCUACCACAAAAAAAAAAAGGACAGAUAUUUUCUAUUGCUCGAACUCAUGUGCAACUUGUAACUUGUAUUAUUAAAUUCAUGCAAAAACUUGUAACUUGUAUUAUUAAAUUCAUGCAAAAACU